UAUUUCUAGGGCUUGCUCCAUCGAUCCUCUCGCAUGGAUUCCAGCACCGGCGAUCCCAGCGGCGCCACCAGCAAUGGCGCCAGCGCCGGCGGCAGCGAUGGCGGAUCAGGUAGCUACGAUUGCAACAUCUGCCUGGAGCUUGCGCAGGAUCCGGUGGUCACGCACUGCGGCCAUCUCUUCUGCUGGCCCUGCCUCUACCGCUGGCUCGCCUCGCGAUCCAGCUGCACAGAAUGCCCCGUCUGCAAAUCCGCCGUGGAGGAGGCCAAGGUGAUCCCGAUCUAUGGCCGCGGCAAGGGCACCAGCGAUCCGCGCAAAAAGGGCGUGGAAAAUAUCCCCAAUCGCCCGCCCGGCCAGAGGACCGAUCUCCCACACCAGCACAGGCAAAAUUCUCACUCCGGAGGAGGAGCGUUCCAGCAAAUGGGCUUUAGUUUCUUCACAGGGCCAUCGGCGACGACGCAGUUUGGAAACGUGACGCUCGGCUUUGGACUGUUUCCAUUCCUCUUUGGCUUCUCCGCCACGAGCAACGGCUUCCCCGACCUCGGGUUUGGGAGCGCGGGAGUUUCUGGCGGCGGUGGCGGUGGCGGGAAUGGUGGCGGCGGCGGAGCCGGAGGUGGGAGCCGAGGAGGAAAUGGAGGCAGCGGCGGCGGUGCUGGUGCUAGUGCGAAUGGGACGAGUAAUCCCGCUAAUGCUGCGUUAAGUGCCCAGCAAGAGCAAGAGAGGUUUUUGUCCAAGAUGCUCUUGUUCGUGGGCUUCUUUGUGUUGCUGUGCUUGUGCUUCUUCUAGGAUUGAUUUUCUUCGUGUACAUAUAAUAGCGUUUUUUGCAACAUGAAUAAUUUGAUA